AUGGAGCCCGCCGGCCGGAAAGAGAAAUCCAAACCCAAAGAGUCUGUGAGCCGCCUGGAGAAAGCCAAACAGAAGAGCGCCCAGCAGGAGCUGAAACAGCGCCAGAGAGCCGAGGUACCCGCCCGCCAUUCCCUCCCUGUGCGGCUCCGGCCGCCAUCUUACUACACCCAGCUCUGUUAUCGCUGCUGUGUCCGCCAUCUUACUACUCCCACAUCUCUGUCCGCUUUCUUAUUACACCCUUCCUUUAGUUGCCACUUCCUGUGUCCGCCAUCUUACUACACCCACAUCUCUGUCCGCCUUAUUAGUUGCCACAUCCUUUAG